CAUCUUUACCACCCACCCUUGAUUCUUAGCACCCAUCCUUCAGCUCUCGAACGAGAAGUUAGUCCCGAUUGCUGGUCAUCGACAAAGACCUGAGAGGAGAGCCCUGGGACUGAGGACUAAGUGAAGGAGGGAGUGGCUCUGCCCGACUUGAGUCUCGUCCACCUUUUUCAACCUGCGCUCGCUUUUGCACCUCCAGUACUGAGGUUCGCACCAACCAUCCACCACCGCAUUUCCUCGUCCCACUUGGACUGGCACAGGCGCUGCCACGGCCACUGCCACUACAGCACUGCCUCAUUUGCUGCUGGGAGAACCACUCGUCUGUCCAUCCAUCCAUCUCAUUCCUCCAUCACCUAUCCAACUCACCACCAUACACUGUUGCUCACUCACACCUGUACAGAGACUUUCAUCAUUCUCGACACCCUACCACCCGGUCCCUUUGCCACAACCCCAUCCCAGCCUCUCACGCUCUCUGCCCACUCUCCUCUCAAUUCCUCUUCUCGACUUCCACAUCCUCCACUCCUCGUUCAUCAACAUCAUUUCCUCUAAGGCUGUCCGCCGCCAGAAGGGGUGGCGCUGCCCCAAUGGCGCGACGACCGGGUUCCAUCGACUCCUUCACCCCCGACGGCAGACCAUUAUCAAUACGGGGUUCCAAUAAUUCAUCAAACCCAAACGUCUUCAGUGAUGACUAUGCCGUCGACACUUCCGACUCCCUUAACUCCCUCUCACGCUCUCAGUCCAUCACCUCUCGCCCAGAAAGCCUCUCGGUGAUACGAGACUCCCCAGAUGGAGCAGUAACCAGUGACUCGCCUACUGGGCUCUCUUCAACUGUGGCAAACUCAUCGCCAUUGAAUCGUACCUCGUUACCUGAGGCCUCCUCUAUUCCUCAAAGAAUUGUCUCGAUAUCCUCCCACGCCGACACCCACCGAACUCUGAGCACGUCGUCUCACUUCUCAAUACCCCGAGCCCCAAGCCCAUACAACGGACCUACUGCUCCCAGUCACCCAUAUGGCAUGUAUAGUCAGGUCACUCGAGCAUCCAGCAUCAUCAGUGAUUCCACCAUUCGACCUGUCGAUUCUCCUUUUGUGCCACAAGGGGGUCCAGAACAUCCUUAUGGCAUGUACCAGAACACUGUUCCUGAAGAGGAGGAUGAUGCUCAAUUAUCCACCCCCUUGGGAUUCCCUGUCCUUGGUUCUUCUGCUGCAUCCGCCUCGCAAUCAUCAGGGAACGAUGUUGGGGAUAUUGUGGGCACAGAUGGCCAUGUCGAGCAACUUCCUCCCUAUAGUCGUUACGCCGACAAUGUUAUCGCCAAAAGUGAUUUGGAUCGGAUAGACAGAGGAGGUGCGGUACCAUCUUCGACUGAAUCCUUGACGCCUCCACCCACCACCGAUAUUUCCUCGACCUCCAAUAUCGAAUCGACCCCCAUCACUCCGUCCACCACUGAUGAAGAGCUUGCGCGAAAAGAGGGCAUGAAAAGGAGACGGACCAACCGCAAGAUUUUCGGCCUUCCCUUUUGGACCUUUGUCACCGUAGUAGCAAGUGUCAUCGUUGCCGCCUUGGUGGGCGGUGUCAUCGGCGGAGUUGUGGGCAACAGAAAAGGCGCGGAACACGCUCUUGGAUCAAGUACCACCACCACCACCGUAUGGCUGGACGCCGAUCCGGCGUCAACAGAUGGAUCCACGGGGUCCUGUCCCACCGGCCAUUUUACCUUGCCUCUAAAUCAAUCCGCAGAAAUCGAUACAUGUAUUGUGGAUCCCCUCUAUACCAACACAUGGGGUUGCUUGGAUGUUGCCAAACUCGGCAUUAAUGUUUUCGAGGCCCCCAACGGCGGGCCUCCCGUCUCUGUUGUUUUUGACGACUAUUCAAUUCGUCCCCAAUUAUUCAAAUAUGGCCCUCAACCAGCCGAUUUCAAUGGCUCCGCCUUUACCCUCGCUCCUUACAAAGACAAAGAAGAUGACGAACUUGGUGUCGCACUAUUCUUCAGCGUUCUCUUUGACAAACUCAGUAUCUUGCCCGCAGAUGCUCUUUCACCCCCUAAUGAAAAGAAACGCUCGAUACCUGCCCAGCAGUUGACUGAGCGUCAGACGUGGGAUGACUCCACCUGGUUGAAAAUCGGCGACCAACCAUGGUAUUGUUUCUGGAAUUCGACCAUUAGCGAAUUUUGGAUCUUUCUCAACCAGGAUAUCGACGAUUUGAGCGGCGCCAGUGCCACCACCUCGAGCGAUACUUCGACCAUCACGACGCCGAGUAAUCCUUAUUAUACAAAGAGCUACAGCACGUCAGACGCAACAGUGUCACUGACCGAGUCAUCCACCGUGAUGGACCCUUCCAAAAGCACACCUUCUCCGAGCAUUCCAACCAAAUCCUACACCAAUGGCAAGGUCAAGCGUCAAGCAACUCAAAUCGGCUCCUCGGGAUAUUUCCCCAAGUUGGUCAAGAUGGUGGAGAAGCGGAAACCACACAGCAAUAUUCAACCGUACUGCCAACAGAUGCAGGUUCUCAAUAACUGGCAAAUCUUGCCCAUUCCAACGGUGCCCACCAUCUGCAUCGACGAGAGCGAAUACAGUCCCGCCGCAGCGACAUCUACAUCGUAUGGUAAAACGAAACGGUCGCCAGAGGAGAUUCAGCAAAUGGGAUCCAACUGCAUUUGCGAGUGGUUCAGUGAUUAUUAAACGAGGAUACCGCAGUUUGUUUGCAAUACUUUGAUGUCUUGACGAGAUUACGACAAGCCCGGUCUUUCCCCAGGAGGGCAUGGCUAUUGGCUGGAUGGAGUACAGGUUAUUUUGGCACAUCAAGGCAGGGAUUGUGUGUGAUAGGGCAUGGUUCGAGCUUCGUCAGUCCCCCACUGUUUGUCAGACAGUCCGGGAACUAUGGAUCUGACGGUUGGAUAAUGAAUAUAUCUGUCGGUAGAAGGGCAUUUCCCAGGCAGGUUCGGAUAUGUUCGAGGAUCUUUAAAAAAUGGCCAGAAAAGCUUGACCCUGUAUUGACUGUUGUUGACAGUGAGACUGUGCGUGUGACUCUAGAGCCAGUAUGAGGAGUCGAUGUGUUUACGAGGCCGCGUUGCUGACACCGCGUCGAACAUGUCACCACGGACUUCGAUGCCUUGCUUGACCUGCCAAUAUUUAUUUUUGGAUCCACCAACGGAUCUAUUCGGAAUGGCUUCGUGUCAGACGCUUGAGUCAUGGGGCCCUCGGGCUUCUCUUGUGACGGAAAAGCUUGUCUACAUGUUCAUCAAGUAAGGAGUACUCGUUGACAUACUUGUAAACGCAUUUCGUGUGAAUGUGAUGAAUGGAAGUUCUGAGCUGGAUGACUCAAUCGUAUUCAUUUCUACUGUACUAC